CCUGAACUGAGUUGAACUCUAGACCUCCCUGCAAACUCGCAAAACCCUACAAACCCUCUGGUUUUUCUGUUAACCAUUCAGUCAGAAACUCCACUGUCGCCAUCCAAUGUUCCUCCGGCGCCCUUUCGCUCAUUUGCCGGUUCGUGCCGGCAUAUUCAACCAGAUUUCUCGGAUCUUCGGACCCAGAUCCGACCGGCCCCUUCAUGCUCUCUUCUGCAGUUCCAGCAAUCCUGAGCCGCCACCGAUGCCUCCCUUUCCGAACCCAGGCCCCAUUUCAGGUUUUUCAGGGAAUAACAAAGGCAGCAUGCCCUAUAAUAGAUUCUCAGGGUUGGGACAAUCUGGUUUGAGCAACCCUGGAACACGCACUUUGUUUCCUAGAUCUUUGAUAGACUCUGGAAAUGAAAACGAAGUUGAGACUGGAAAGAAGUCUAAAUCCAUGGACAUUGUUCGGGGAUUACUAGAAGACUAUGAUAAGGGUGGUGCUCCUUUUGGAUCUCCAUUCCGUAAAUAUCAAGUUGAGAACGAUCCCGACAUUGUUCAUGUUAAGCUGCUCCGCAACAACACAUUCAUCACCGUCACAGAUUCAAAAGGGAACAAAAAGUUUGGGGCUUCAGCGGGAACAUUGGCAUCAGGAGGGAAAGUUUCUCGAUUUGCUGCUGAAUCUACAGCAGAACAUGUUGGGCGUGAAGCAAGGAAUCGUAACUUGAAGUCUGUGGUCAUGAAAGUAAACGGGUUUACCUAUUUUAGGAAAAAGAAGCAAUCUAUUCUUAGCUUUAAAGAGGGGUAUAAUCAUUCUCGUGGUGACACUAAUCCUGUUGUUUACAUUGAGGAUACAACUCGACGCCCCCAUAAUGGAUGCCGCCUCAGGAAGAAGCGCCGCAUAUAGUCUGUUUCAUUUU